AUGUGUAACAUUUCAGCGGAACAUCUACGACCACUGCACUAUCCGAUAUUGGCCUCCUACGAGAUGGGUAUCGCAUUCACCGUCCUAACCGGGGGGAUCUUGUUCAACGUGUUUACCAUUUAUGCACUCACUCAGACCGUGAUCAAUUCGGUUUUGUCAAAAACCAUUUUCUACAACCAGUGCGUAUUUGAUGUGAUCGUCUGUGUCAUGGCCAUUUUUCAGCUCGCGUGGAGCAGUUUGCAACCGGACAUGUGGACCAAAACGAACGCCGUGUUCUGCCAUCUGGUCCAGAGUGGUUUCUUUUUACGCUGGGUACGUGUGUUGGCUCUGGGCAAUAUUGUCUGUCAGUCCAUGAAUCGAUUCUGGGCCAUUGUCUAUCCAUAUUCGUAUAAAAGACGAACUAAAAUGUACCUUGUCAUAUGCUAUGUGUUCACAUUCAGUUUUUCCUUAAUGAGCAGUUUGCCUCGGGCAUUCGAGGUACGAUACUGCGAUCAGAUCUGUGUGAUGACUAAUCUGGCCGUACAACUGUUUGCACUUCAUCUGAUAGACAUGUCCAUGCGUCUCCUGAUCCCGAUCUUUGUCACGGUCGGUUUGCACAUUGUCGUAAUGCGAAAAUUGCGUCGAUUACGCAACGAGUACAAUUCACAAACCCGAAACUGUCCGGAAAAUUCCGAUUCAUCCCGUGGACCACCCAGUUCCGUAUCGAGUAAUCCGUACUCGGCAGUGUGGCACGCAUUGUCUGUAAGCACAUUCGGUUUCACGGCCGAAUUGACCGUGCUUGAAUUAACCGCGUUCAUCAUGUACUUGUUACAAGGAUUAAAUCGAGUAAAUUUUCAAGUGGACUCGAUCGCCAGACUGUACUAUACAUUGGUAUGUGCCAUGGCAUCUGGAUUGAAUCCGGCGCUGGAAAUUGCCACUGUGCCACCACUGCAAGAGUAUGUUUCACAAAUGGUCAUCUCAGUCUGGUCAGUGUUGAACACAUUCCGGUUACCCCGAAUCAAGAAAUCACUGCGAAAAUCCGAUUACGUGAAUCAAUAA